AAGAAGGCCUGGCCACGGCUAAGGCUUUGCGCAUUCGAAUCGACGACAGCAGCCACGUCCCUGAUAGUCUGAUACAGGCCUAGCAUCAUGGGAUCCCAGCAAUCGAAAACCCUGCAGCAAUUGACAGCGGCUGGGCCGUGGAACAGCUCACACCCAUUGCCGAGUCCAUGGAGCGAGGCUACCCUACAGGCAACAACAAAAGUAGUCCUCAAGGGCAUGUUGGCUAUCGUGGGUUUCUCGUUUGCAGCGAUGGUCGGGAUGUUCUUCUACCUUCGCUUCUCUUCACAAAGGAGAGUAAAUGUGAACUGGCAAGCACUGAGCCAUCCGACUACGACUCGGUCACAAAUGCUUAUCCUUAUAUGUCACUUAGUCCUGGCUCAGGUCCUUCAGUUGAUUGGCUACUUGAUAUCUGCCAUACAUCUCAUCAAGGGCCAGAUCAUCUCGCCGAGCCCGACGUGCCAAGCACAAGGCAUCUUUCUAUUCGGAUCUCAUACGCUCACGCACUUUACUAUCGCCAACAUUGCGACGCACUCUGCGUAUUGUGUGUCCAGAUUGAAGCCCAUGUCCCUCAACCUUUUUGUCAUGCUAAACAUCGUGACUUGGAUGCUGACAUUGACCUUAUGCUUCGUCUAUCCUUUGGUUUAUCAUUCUCUCAAUGAGGUUCCAUUCUUCACCUUUAGCAGCAUAGUAUGUUUUGUGAGCGGUCUUUGGCGAAUUGAGAAGAUCAUUGUGGUUUACGUUCCUUCAGUCGCCCUGUUGAGCGUCGGCAUCUUUCUAUACCCAUUCAUCAGCGUCAAACUUGUACGGCAUUCCGCUCGUCUUAGACGGAUAGGUCCCAAUACGGAGGCAGCUGUUGGCAGAGAAAGAGACAUUCUCCGAGCCUCAAAGCGCGUCCUCAUGUUCCCGAUCGCUACGGUCAUUGUCACACUUCCCUUUCUCACUUUGUCGAUGAUGGGAUUGCUGACUCCAUUGAGCUUCAAAGCUGAGUCCUGGACGGUUAUUAUGGUGGGCUACUCUGCCGCAUCUGCUCCUUUGGUCACCUGUGUCAUCUACUUCUUCCUGACUUCGUUCUUCAAACCAUCGGCAACUCCUGAAAACUCUCAGUCGUCCGCUGCUGAUGUCACUGGGUCUGAGAUGAACAUGGACGAGGUGCCCUUCAUCUUGGGAGAAGGGACUGUAAAGACUUUUAUCAGCAGCCCGGCGGCUAGGGAAAGUUUGAGUGACUACGAUUAUGACAGUACAGCUGUCUACCAUCUUUCAAAAAUCAGGACGGUCGACUUUCAGCCGGGCUCUGCGCUACCUAAGCCGAUUCCCAAGUGACGACUCAUGGGGUCCUGCGAGUCAUUAUUGUGACGCUGGCAGACCUAGCCUAGACUUUAUUGCUCCAGUCUCACACUUCGGAGGUCGUUCUUACUUCACAUUUUCGUUCACUCCUUCUGUUGUAGAGCGAUGACACAUUAUCUCGGCUCGUUUGGCCCGUUUGAAUCGUCUGACAGUACGACCAUGCCCUCCUCAGGGUAGCUGGUAAUAGUCUGAUCACGCGCAUUGCCUUAUGGCCAAUUUCAAAUUUCACUCUUGACCCCUGAAGAAAUUUCGUCUUCCUA